AUGUCGUAUUCUUCCCUGUUAGCUGCGCUCAUCCUAUUUUUCGUCUCGUUGGGUUUCGCCAAUGGCGACAGCUCGUUCAACUUCGAAGCUCAGAUGAUUUUAGAAAACGCUACAGUAAACUCUGACUUUGUGGUGACGUCCGACUUCACCGAACUCAUCACAACCGCGCUUCAGAGCGUCUCAAAUCCGCCAUCGCCCCUGAGUACGGUGGUGCAGGCUGUCCCGCCUCAUUUGGUGAUCGUGCUUAGUAUGUGGUAUACGGGAGAGCCCGAGUCUGUACAGAGGGCAAUCAGCAAUAUUAACGGGACCUACACCAGAUGGGCAAGCGGUGACACCCUCGCCGUCAGCGGGGCGUUGAGCCACACCUGCCUGACAAACAUCGGCCAACAGCCAACGUUCAUAAAUUACACAAACAGUUGCAGCUCCUGGGACGCGCUCCUCCCACCAAGCAGCAAUCAAACGUGCUGGCGGAACUUGUCCCUCACGUUCUACACCGCAGUCACCAGUCAAUCCGACCCCCGCGCCAGCCUCCAGUCUUCUCUCUGCAGCUUUCUUCCCACCGACUGUGGGCUUAUUACCUACGGCGAUUUGACAAGGACACAAAUCACUAUCAGCGACUCGGUUGUUACCGUCAACGUCAUGCCAUUCACCGUAAUGUCCGAAAACCGGGAGGCGACGCUAGCGACGCUUGUAACGUACGCCCAAUACGCCUCAGUGCUGGUUGAGCACAAGAUCGUAUACAUUUUAGCCAACGGAGUGCAGGUGUUUUUUCAAGGUGACCCGCAGUCGUUAUCGAUUAACGGCACCUUUGAGCAGUGCGUGAAGAAGAUGUGGUACCUCGUUUUUUUGAUUGUCCUUGUCCCAUUGUUUCUCAUCGUUUCAUCUUGUCUGUUUCAGCGCGGACGGGCAUCUGGAAAGCGGCACAUCAAGGACUCGGAGAGGGAGAUCCGCGCUGGCGUUCGCUUUAGCGCCGCACCGUGGACUAACAUCGGCGGCGGCUAUCAGUACGGCCCUCCGCAAGGGUACGGAGGCGGCUACGAUGGUGUCGGUGGUUGGCAAAAUGCCGGCGCUCUCUACGCGUCGCCGCAAAAUGCCCCGCAACGGUUAUCGGAACAGGGGUUACAGGGCGGGUUUGAGUUUUGGGGAGGCCAACACUACGAUGACCAGUACUUUGGAAGCCAACAGUAUGACGCGCAGCAACGCGUUCCACAGGAAAGCUACGAGAACCGAAACAGCCAGUUGUAG